UGACUGUCAGUUCGUGCACACUGCUUUGGAUGUUUGUGCACAGCACAGCCAUGCAAAGCAGUGUGAUUACAGUGAAGCACAAACACACCCAGCACACAGUCAACCCUUUGAUCGCCCCUAAUGUUAACCCCUUCCUGCCCAGUGCCAUUAGUACAGUGACAGUGCUUUUUUUUUUAGCACUGAUCAUUGUAUUGGUGCCACUGGGGAUUUCAGUGACAGCAAGUCAGUUCCCCCAGUGUCAGAAUGUCCCGCAGUCCUGCUACAAGUAGCUGAUCACCGCCAUUACUAGUACAAAUUAAAAAAACAAAAAUUCCAGUAUCUAUACCGCCAUUUGUAAAUGCUAUAACUUUCAUGUAAACCAAUUAAUUUA